UUCACAAUUUUUUCGCACAAGACAGCUUGUCACAAGGAGAACAGCAUUCCCCGGUAGUGGACGGGAAUUUUCCAGCACUAAGUAAUAUUUUGGGUGUUGGAAGCCAGAGACAGACAGGUGGACUGAGUUCCAACACAUACAAUUUACAGAACUCUGAAACUACGAGAGCAGGUAGCAGUUAUCCAUUUAAUGUGCAGCGUGGCUUGGACUCUGCACAAUCAACCCCAUGGGCUGAGUUUGCUAAAAGUCAGUCACAAAGUCAGCAGCCAAACUUGAAUGGAAGCAUGUAUGGUAAUCAGUAUUACCAGACAAAGCAGGAUGAAUCCAGAUUUCUGGCUGUGAAUACAGGUUCUAAUCAGUGUAAUCUAGCCUCCGGUGCCUCAUCUUUUCAUGAAUUGCAGCGAGGGGUGGGUCUUGAGCAGCAGGCAAGGGGACCAGUCAGGUCAGAACCUUCUGGAGGUCCUAUUAGUUUUGAUCUUUUUGGUGGUCAGCAAAUGAACCGUCAGCAAUCAAACAUGCUGCAAUCUUUGCAACGGCAGCAGUCUGGGCUUAACAACGAAAUGCAGCAACUGCAACAGCAAGUCAUCUUCAUGAAGAUGCAAGAAUUUCAGAGGCAACAGCAACUAGAUGCCAGUCCACAACAUGCAUUAAAUCAGGUUCCUCCCCUUGCUAAGGUGGCAUCUAGUAGCCAUUCCCCUGCUUCUGUUAAUGGCACUACAAAUUCCGGUGCAGCAAAUUAUGCGCUCGCAACUGAGAUUGGCAACACUAACUGGUUGCAACGUGGUUCUCCAGUUCUUCAAGGAUCCUCAAACGGAUUCAAUCCCACAAAUUAUGGCCAAGCUGCACAACAUUUGAUGGGUUUGAUUCCUCAACACAUUGAUCAGUCUCUAUAUGGAACUCCUGUUUCCGAUUCAAGAGGAAGCUUGAACCAAUUUCUACAGAUGGGAACAAAGAAGCCUGCAGUGCAGCCAAUGCCAACCUUUACUGGUUCAUUUCCGGGUAAUGAAUGUGCUGCAUUGUCAGAUCAAGCCAGUGGGCCGGAUGGGACUUCCAUUCCUAGACAGGGAUUACAAGGUGAGAAUUUUUUUGGUCAUACUGUAAGUCAAGCUCAAUCUAAUGCGAUCAAUAUCAAGAACCUUCAGCAAGCAAAUAUUAUGCAAAAAGGUUCAGCUCUCCAGGAUUUCUGCGGCAGACUGGAUCUGAGCAAUCCCUCAGAGACCUCGCAGGAGAAAGCGGCACCAACUUCUUCACCAGAGAAUAAAGUUGGUUUAGAUCCUACAGAAGAAAGAAUUUUGUUUGGUUCAGAUGAUAAUAUAUGGAAUGCCUUCUCCAAAAGCCCUAAUAGGAAUGACGAAGGUGGUAAUCUUUUCGAUAGUGCAGGAUUACUGACCGGAUUUCCUUCUCUCCAAGGUGGUACUUGGAGUGCUCUUAUGCAGUCUGCUGUUGAAGAAGCUUCUAGCAGUGAUGUUGCCCCGCAGGAGGAAUGGAGUGGUUUGAAUUUUCACAGUGCUGAAAUUUCUUCAGGGAAUCAUAAUUUGAUGUACAACAGUGGGAGACAUAAAGCAUCUUCUGCUGAAGACAAAUUGCCCCUAGCCCCAUCCUUGAAUUUUUCUGUUCAACCCUGUGAUAGCACCAAUGUGAACAACAGCUUUCACAACGUCCAGGAGCACAGGUUUCCAUAUGAGCGAGGCCAGAAUAUGCAAACGAAUUCUCUAAGACUUGACCAGUCAUCAGAUGGAGGAAGCAAGUCGUCAGAUUUUGGUCCACUGCAGACAUCAGUUGAAGCAAGCCAGAAAUUUAGCAAUACUUCACAUCCUCUUGACCCUGAGAUGAUUGCAAGAAGGGUUUCUGGUAAUUUGACAGCUGAGCUCGGUGGAGCUAGACAACCGUGGAUGAAUUCAGCUAAUUGGGGUGUUCUUGGAUCAGCAGUACCAUCUGGAGAUGCAGCGUUAAGUAUUUCAAGUGAUAACUCAUCAAAACGUUUGCAGGACAACAAUCAGAACAAAUGCAUCCAAGACGAAGUCUUUCAUGGUGGUGUGGCAUUGAAAUCUAGUCCUCGCCGUAUUUCUGCAGUUGGUAUGGAGCAUGCGGGAUCAUCUGUGGCUAGUCUGCAGGGGAAUUCAGAGGUCUUUAGCUUCUAUAACUCUGCCACAGUUCCAAAUUCAAGUAUGAUGAAGGGUGCUGAAGAAACCAAACAAUCUCUUCAAAAUAAUAAUCAAUCUAAUUACUGGACAAAUGCUGAUUUGGUUAAAUCUAAUGUAAGUGAAAGUUUGGGGGUUUUACAGCAUCAUGUUAUGAAAGACAACCAGGUUUUGCACUCAUCACCGGAUGUUGGUGACAAAGAGUUUAAAAUGUAUGAGAUGGAGAACAGUGAUAAGAAGGAUAACUCAAAUGACAGCUAUCACUCUAACUCACACCCUCAUUCUUCUGCUGGUGGGGUUAGGGAAAAUGCAUUAUCAGAUGCUAGUGAUUUUAGGUGUCUUCUCAUGGGGAAGCAGAAGUUGUCUAAUCAGGGUGGUCUGAAAAAUUCUUGGCCUCCGAAGUUUCAGUACCAUCCCUUGGGAAACUUGAAUGAGGAUGCUGAUCCUCCUUGUAGCAUGAAACAAUCUACUCAUUCUCAAUCUGUAGUGCAGCACAAUUCCUUGAAAGGACAAUCAAAGGUUUUUGGUCAGGUUCCUCAGAGUCAGGCAGAAUUAGAAAAGGGGCAGUUGCCUGAUGUUUUGAUGGAUGGAAAAGGCUCUCACGAGGUGCAUUUGCAGAGCAGAUUUCCUGGUGUAUCUAAUAUUCCUGGGCUUUUCAAUAGAUCUCUUGACUUACAUUCACCUAAUAAAGUUGCACAAUCUAGUCCAAACAUGCUACAACUUAUUCAGAAGGUGGACCAAUCGAGAGAGUGUGGUUCUGUGGCACAGUUCGGUCAUUCGGAGAACAAAGCAUCAUCUGAGAUGCCUGAAGCAGAUGAGUCUGAUGAGCCUGUUAGUCAUCACCAGAGAAGUCAAUCUUCUGCCCCUCAAGGCUUUGGAUUGCAACUUGGCCCUCCAUCUGGACGUGCAUCAGUCCGAAGCCAUUCUUUGUCAUCUCAGAGCGCUAUCCAAGCAGUUAGCUCUUCGCAUUCAAGUCAUGCUGCUGUUGACACUGAGAAAGGCGACUCUCACAGAGGAUCUGCAAGUGGUCAAUCUGUGGGGGCUUCCUUGCCGGAUGGGGCAGGCAAUACACAAGAUAAGAGUGUCCCCCCUGCAUGCAAAUCCCAGUUAAGUAAUGCCAAUGGUACAGUGAAAAGUAUCUUUACCAAUCAUGUUUCAUCCCAGGAGCAAGUGUUAGUUUCUCAGCCAUUAGUGUCUGGCAUCGCUCAGCAGGAUAUGUCUUCAAAAAUGUCCUCCAGUAGGUGGACUAAUUUUCCACCACCUCAGCAACCUUUUGGUGCUCAGUAUGACAAGAAUCCUUCCCAUAUCUCCCAAUCACAUCAGUUGAAUAUUGUGGAGUCAUCGUUGUCUGCUCCAGGGAGGCGAAGUGAUCAAUACUCCGAUAGAGGAGGGAAUUUGGCUCCCCAGAUUGGUACCAGCUCAGUGAAUUCCCUGGGGUCUGCUGAAGCGGAAGAACAGCGUGCAGAGGGAAGCUCUCCGCAAGUACCAUUGAGAAAUGUUGACCUCGUCCAGAAGAUGAAUGAUUCGCAAGGUAGAGAAUCUAUUGACAAGUAUGUCCUGGGAGGAUCUCCUGCAAAUUCUGCAUCUAUGCAGAGAGAUAUCGAAGCCUUUGGCCGAUCCUUGAAGCCAAACAACUUAUCUCAUCAGAACUAUUCCCUAUUAAACCAAAUGCGGGCCAUGAAACAGGUGGAGAUAGAUCCAAGCAAUAGGGCCUUCAAAAGAAUGAAGGUAGCAGACAGCAGUGCAGGUGCUCUGCAAGUUCCUUCUGGGGACACUGGAAUGCUAGGAUUCUCCGGGCCAGAGGAUUUGCAAAGAAGCAUUUCAUCUCAACAAGUGGGGAAAAUGACUCCUCAGGAUGUACUUGCACUUUGUCAGGAUGAUUCUCACAGCGGCGCUCACAGCAAUAAUACAAAUUCUGUUAAGCUUGAGCAAACUCAAAAUGGUCCUCAGCUGGAACCUUCCUGGUUUAAUCAGUGCAGAACCUUAAAAAACGGGCAGAUGUUACAGAUGUAUGAUGCACGUAGAGCUGCUGCAAUGAAGACAAUCAAACAAUCUUUCACUAUUGGGAACUCUUCCAGUAGUUUGCAUGCGCUUAAUACUAUGCUGCAAGUCAUACCUGCAACUGCCGAUCGAAGUUCAAUCAGUAAUCUUGAGCCAAAUUCUAUCCCCAGCUCUGCUGCAAUUGAGCAUUUUUCUUCCCCGCAGACAUUGCCAGUGAAUGCUGGUCAUCAGCACCAAAUUUUGAAGCCCAUGAAGCGGAAACGUGCUACAUCUGAACAUACUCCUUGGUAUAAAGAAGUUUCAGUGGAUUCACGGAGCAAUCGGACAAUCAGCCUGGCAGAAAGAGAGUGGGCUAGAGCUGUUAAUAGGCUUACUGAAAAGGUUGAAGAAGGCAUUGAUUUUAUUGAGGAAGGGGCACCAGGGGUUAAAGCUAAAAGAAGGGUUUUAUCGACCACUCAGCUUAUGCAGCAACUACUUCGCCCUCCACCUGCAGCAAUUCUUUCUGCAGAAGCUAAUUCAGAGCAUGAGAGUGUGGCUUACUCCAUCGCUAGAUUGGCAUUGGGGGAUGCAUGCAGCAUGGUCUGUAGCUCAAAUGGUGCUCUGAAUAUGCCUCCUGAUGAUAAAAAACUACUUCCUGAAAACUGCAAUACUUCACAGAGGGUUAAUAAACAUUGUUUUGCCAAAGCCGUAGAAGAGUUAAUGGGAAGAGCGAGGAGAUUAGAAAGUGACUUUUUGAGACUGGACAAGAGAGCAUCCUUAUUAGAUGUGAUAGUAGAAGGGCAAGACCUAGAGAAAUUCGCCAUUAUCAAUCGGUUCGCGAAGUUCCACGGUCGGGGACAAUCUGAUGGUGCUGAGACCUCAUCUUCAUCAGGCCCAGCUGCACAUACCCAUAAACCUUUUCCCCAGAGAUACGUCACUGCACUUCCAAUACCGAAAAAUCUCCCUAGUGGGGUACAUUGUCUUUCUCUAUGAUCACAAAUGAAUUGAUUUUUCCCUGUGCUCUGUCAUCAAUUACCUCAACUUCUGGUAGAAAUUUUUGUCCCAGUCAUGUACUAGCACUAGCAAGAAGAAAAUAGAACCACACAACCAGUAUUGCUGAACAUACACUCAAUUUUCACCUUAGAUGCAAUGUAGGCUGUCCAAUCAUUUGCAUUAAAAAAAAAAAGAAGAAAAAAUUGCCAUUAUCAAGAAAUAUAUGAUUCAUUCCAUGUACAUCUCUUCGAAGACUAGGGUGCCCCAUCAUUUUUUGCCAGAAGUGGGGAGAAUAUAUACCCUGUGGUUAAAAGUUGUCGAUAUGUAGUUGGUGAAUGGUGCUGUUAUAUAUGUCACCUCCUUGAAGAAUUGUGAAUGUUGUUAUAAUUGCUUUAGGCAGGUCCAUGUAUUUGUAUUGGCAUCAUCAUCAAGUAUAAGUGAUGCCUAGGCUCAUAAUUUAUUCUGGUGAUGCCCUGCUUUUUUUAUUUUUCGAUAAAGGUUAAUUAUUCUCUUGAUGGAUCCCUCAACCAUUAGUAGUUUUAGAGUUAACAGCUGGAAACAGUGCUAAGCUGUCCAGAUUGUUCAGAAAUAGUUUAGAUGAAAAAGGAUCUUUCAGAGCAGCUUGAUAUUUAAUUAUUUCCCUUGUACAGAGGUUUAGAUCAAUGCCUGUACUUUGCCUUAUAUGGUUCUUAAUGUGCAACUGUUGGGCAGAUUUUUGAUAACU